AUCUACCUAUAGAGUGUUAAUCCAUUGUUUCAAUGUGUGGGUGCGCCUCCCGGUCGCAUUUUGUCGAACACCUCUGCCUCAACCGAGCUUGAAAAUUAAAAAACGUGAAUCUGUUGCCGAGCUGGCACCCCUACUAUGGCAUUCCUGUGGUGCAAUCGCAGCACUACUUCAAGAAAUAUGUGCGAUAUACCCUUACUUAAAUCCACCUAGACUUACUGCUACUCAAAGCAAUCGAGUUUGCAAUGCUCUCGCUCUUCUUCAAUGCAUAGCCUCGCACCCUAGUACUCGAACAGAUUUUCUCAGAGCCAACAUACCUCUGUAUCUAUAUACCUUUUUAAAUACAAAUAACAAGAAUAGACCUUUCGAGUACUUACGUCUUACCAGUCUUGGUGUAAUUGGUGCCUUGACUGACGAACCUGAUGUUAUAAACUUUUUGUUGGGAUCAGAAAUAAUUCCACUUUGUCUUGUAAUUAUGGAGUCCGGCACAGAACUGAGCAAAACUGUAAGACAAAUCUUUUCAUAUCUUGUACUUUUGUAUCUUUCCUCCAUUUUGUCAUAUACUAUGCUGUCAAUUUAG